CCAGACAAGAAAGAUACCAUCAGGGAAGAAAGCAGGAGACUGUCGCGUCCAAGAUCCUUAAAGAGUUUCCGAAAGGAAAAGCGCGAUGGCGAUGUUACCAGUGCUGCUGCCUGUUCGAAGGUGGCCACCACAAAGGUCAAUGCUGCUCCACUUGCUCCAUUGUCAGGCGUCGUUGGUAACCAUGAGAAAAAGAAGGAAGCGAAAGCUGGUGCUGACACUAAGGGUAAUAGUUCUCAGGCGGUUUCGUGUCGAGGCCGCAAUAAAACAAGAUCAGGACCAACAAAGGUCAAAAGGAAAGCUCCACCUCCACCGCUGCCUCUCUCUGAGAAGCCUUCCGUUUCUCAUACCAGUCCAUCUCAAUCUGGUUUACCUCGUCCUGUUUCAGCCCGUCCCUCUUCUCCGAUACCUCCACCGCGUCAACCACGAACUCGUAAGGCGGCUCCACCUCGCCCCCCUCCACCGAAUAUGAAGCAGUCUGGGAAAAAGAGUGAUACCACAAGUGUUAAGAAGAAGGAAAACGAGAUGCGCCACUAUCCAAAGGAUCUAAACCCGUUUGCAAAUUCCGACGGUACCACCGAUAAUGACUGCUCGUCCCAGAACAGUGGGAAGGCCUCCAGCGCUCGUCGUCAAAGGCAUAAAAGAAGACGGAAGAACUCUAAAAGUGGAGAAUACCCGAUGGAAAAUAAUCCAUUUAAUGAUACUGAUGAGAUGAGCGAGACGCCCUCCAGUACUCGUCGUCAAAGGCGUAGAAGAAAACAGAGAGAAUCCAUGAAUGAGGAAUACAAAAUGAGAGACAUCUCAUCCAGUGAUGCUGAUGACAUGCGCAUCAAGCCCUCCAGUAUUCGUGGUCAAAGGCGUGGAACAAAACGGAAAGAAUCGAAUGGUGAAAAAUACAAAAUGGAACACAAUCCAUCCAAUGAUACCGAUGAGGAAAAUAGUUCGUCAAUCUUGAAGUCGACUGAUACUUCUGACAUGUGGUCUGUUUCUUCAUUGGAAGAUAUUCAGUUUGUGGUGAACACAGCUACAGUAGAAGAGGUUAAUGUAAAGACUGCAUUACGAGGCUUGGCUGCCAGCGAUGAAAAAGACGAACAGGUUGACCGAGAAGAUUACGGUGACUCAAAGGUCCAGUCAUUCCCAUCUGAUAAGGAGGUCUCUCCUGACGAUCUCCCUUCCACAAACAAAUAUAAUGUUCCUGCAAUUAUCGGAUCAACAAACCUUGAUGCUUCGACUGCUAAAGAUUGUUCAAAUGUAAGCGAGAGAUCAACUAUCAAUCAAGCACAACCUACCGAGGAAGUAAUUGCCAUGGAGGAUUGCCAGGGUGGAGACAGCUUUGGUAAGUUGUUCUGUAAGCAUACCACAAAAUAGAUCCUAAUGAGCGGAAAGUAUUGUAAAACAGUGCAUCUUUAUCCACCGAACCGGCGAAAAGAGUCAGUAGAAACAUUCUCAUCUGCGUGCAAGUAAACCUUUAUUCUUGACUGUUGUUUGUACUUUGAUUGCUAUUAACCAAACAGAUUUGAUUGGUUCAAUAUCAACUUCAUCAGAAUGUGUAUAUAUUCGCCUUCUCUUUUCAUUAUUUAAGCACGUGUAUUUUCUGAAAUCUUCUUUAGCUUCCAUCGUAAGCAAUCAGUUUCCUGAGUUGGCUAUUUAUGUGGAGACAGAGAUUAAGGUUAUCGAACACGAGUUGCUUUCAUUGCACAAGGUGAUGGUUAAAUUGGAACUAGAGAUGAAAGAAGCAAUGGACACUGAAGGUUAG